UCGGUUACUGACAUGCGCACUCUGCUGCCCCCGCCGGUGAUGAGUGAACACUACAAGGUUUAUUAUGAAAAACGACUCUGCAGAGGGAGCCCAGUUCCACAAACACUAGAUUACAGCCGCUGGCCAAUGAUGAUGCUGCAGGAGAUUAUUCAGACAGCCUCUAAAUAAAGCUCCACACUUCAUUAUUACACUGCACUCAGACCGUGGAGGUCCAGGCACACUAUCUGGGAAGAGUUCAGCUGCCUGUUGCAUGCCGUGAUGGCUCUUUACCGAACACUUCUCCUCUUAUCUGUGGCUGUGGUUUCUGUGGAAGCGCACAGUUCCCAGCGGGAAAAAAGAGGACUGCUGGAGCUGGCAGGAGCCAUCAAAUGCAGCACAGGGAGAUCCGCUUUGUCCUAUCUGUCAUACGGGUGCUACUGUGGGCUGGGGGGUCAAGGCUGGCCCAGAGACUUGACCGACUGGUGCUGCCACAAGCACGACUGCUGUUACGGAGAUGCAGAAGAUCUAGGCUGCGAAACGAAAACGUCCCCCUACGUGUGGACGUGUGAGGACGCGGAGGCUAAGUGUGAGGAUUUAGAGGACCGAUGUGAAAGGUUCGUCUGCAAGUGUGACAGAGAAGCAGCCAAGUGUUUUAGGAAAUCACCUUUCAUCCAGAAAUACGCCUUGUGGCCAGAUUUCUUGUGUGGUUCUGAGCAGCCGAUGUGUAACAUUUACUGAAACAAAUUAAAGCAUUUUCUUUUUUAAUACCUCAUGUGCCUUUUGGGAUGGCAAAACAACACAAUGGAAAUAAAUGCUCCCCCAAUACACCA